GACUGUUUUCUCGUCAAAGUUUAUUAUAGUAAGCUCCCUGACAACUGCAACAGCGAUAUUGGGCACUGCCUAUACAACAACGUGCUAUCUUUCCAGACCCAGCAAAGCGAUAGUCUUGUAUAUGUUUAGUGUAUGCAUAUACACAACGACGGUCUAUGAUAUAGUAUGCAACCAGGGAGCCUCCAGUCAAGGUACCCUUCAGCAGCUCUGCCUUCCAAUAUUUCCAGCGCUGGUUUGAGCAUGGUGCCAACACUUUUCGGGGAUCAAAACCCUUACUACCGACACGGAGGAUAUACCGGCAUGACGAUGGGUGGGAUGACAAUGUAUGGUCAUGACCAGUACUCCGCCGUGUCCCGGCCCUCCCCCUACAGUCCGUACGCGCCACAACACCACGCACCCAAGGACAUGGUGAAGCCACCUUAUAGCUACAUCGCCCUCAUUGCCAUGGCGAUUCAGAGUCAACCUGAUAAGAAAGUGACUCUGAACGGAAUCUAUUCCUUCAUCAUGGACCGUUUUCCGUUUUAUCGGGAAAACAAGCAGGGAUGGCAGAAUAGUAUACGUCAUAACCUGUCCCUGAACGAGUGCUUCGUCAAAGUGGCACGUGACGACAAGAAACCAGGUAAAGGGAGCUACUGGACUCUCGACCCAGACAGCUACAACAUGUUUGACAACGGAAGUUACCUCCGGCGACGAAGGCGAUUCAAGAAGAAGGAUGCUUUACGCGAGAAGGAGGAGAGGGAAAAACAACUGAAGGAAGAGACGGAGGAACCUCUUUCCACCCCACCCCCUCGUGACAGCCUGGGCAAGGAAACAGGUAACCGCCAGCAACAGCCUCCUCAUCACCACGGCCAUCUACCCGGUGAGUCGGCUAGCUUAGCCACAAAACACAGAGUUACUAGUCACGUGCACCAUAAUGGACACACCUCGGACAAUUCCAGCUCGCCCAAAUCAGACACUUACGACAGUCACAGGAAGUGUAACGGUACGUCUCCCACACCAACCACAAAACUGGAGCCCAUUGACUCGCCAAGAUCGGACUGUGGUCUUCAACAGCACAGUCCUAAUUCGUUACCCAUUCCAACUGAUCCUCUGGAGACUGGAACAUCCAACUUCAGCGUGGAGAACAUCAUGACAGCCAGCCAUGCCACGACAACCUGCGAGAUGAACGGUGGUACGAGUUCGUAUGUGUCCAGCCGGCCGCCGGCGCUCGUGUCGCCGGGGAUGCUGCCGUACAACCGAUCACCGGACCCGCUCUACCGGAACACGGGCUGUUCUUCCCAAGUGUCCACCGGAUCUUACAACUAUCAUUGUAGUGCCCAGACUGUCUUCCCGGCUUCCGUGGGUCAAACUAUGGGUCUCAGCUCGCCGGUGACAGUGGCCGAAGAGAACACUUCCAGCUCCCCUCAUACCACCUUGUCCACGCAGACAAACGGACUGAACCACAGCAUGUUUUCCAUGGCUCAGUCUCCACAACAGUAUUCACGAUCAAACUCAUGGUAUAUGACCCCUUCAGCAGAUCUCGGACACCACGCAGGGGAUUACGGGUCUGCACCCCAUUUCUCAAAUCUAAGUUUGUAUGACUCUCAAAGACUGCUGUCCGCUCCCUCCAAUGUUCACGGACAGACAAGCUCACCCAGUUGUCAGCUGGCAGCUUUCCGUGCUCCAUACAAACCAUCAAAUCCUUAUGCUUAUGACUGUGGAAAAUAUUCAUGCUGAUGACUUUCUUGUGAUCUGACUAAAUAAAAUGUCAUGUAUAAACUAGAGACAAGUUUUUUCUCGUUGACUUUUGGACUUUUUCUUGGAUUUUGGACGUCGCCUAGACUGACGCUAUCCAUAUUGUGUAAAAUCUUCAUCAGGUGUUUUAAGCUGGGUAGUUGGUAUUUCGUUAGACGCAGAGUGUUUCUCUACAGAUAGUCAGUGAGUUGUCAGUAAGAGACAUGGAGAAUUCUAGCUCGAUAGAAGGCUUUGUGUACAAACUUCUACAAGUGAGUGAUUAGGACGCAGUUCUUCCUUGUUACCCAUGUGCACUAGCUACACUCAUAGGACCCGUGUUCUAAACAAAUGGCUCAUUCAGCAAUCGGAACUGCACUGUUUUCAUAAACCACUUUUCUGUGAAAGAUUCAUGAACGAGGAAAUUCCAUAGAGUUAGGAAAAUAUUUUCAGAAAUGUGGUCCACAGACGCAGUGAUAAAUCGUACUGGCUCAGAGGUGUUUACGCUGAACUAUAGACAAACAUAACAGAUAUAUGAAGAACUUUUUGAAAUGUCGUUUCGUAUGUUGACAUCUUUAUUACAAUAUAGCUCGAUUUUCAGGGAUUCCUUUCACGAUUGUCCAUGUUUUGUAUAUUAGCAUCUGUGUCUAAUUCAUGAGGAAGUUGUGAAGUUCAGUUCAACCCCGACAUAUGGUGAAAAAGACUGGUCACUGGGUAUGUCAAAUACCCCAAGCUGUAGUCUAAACCUUCGCUUCAAGGCGUUCGAAGUCCCAGGGCCUGCCCUGGCCGAUGGUAAUACGAUUUUCUCAGGGUAUAUGCCAACCCCUCGGUCUGAACAUUAUGGCAAAAAUAUUCGCUCCUACAUCUGUUCCAACAAAUCCAACCAAGUAAUGGCUGGUCCGGUGAAAACUAGGAACUGAACGACAGAUGGAAAUUCCAGUCCAGUUGAAGACAAAUUUGCCAGAGAGCUUGUUAAAAACUACAAUAAUGACAGAAAAAAGGACAAGUGAGUGCUACAAAAUAUUUUCCCUUACAGGAAUUUGAAAUAUUCUUCCCGUAUGUUCUUAACGUGAACAAAAUGACCUCGUUCAUACGUUAUUGUAAAUGGGUACAGUGAGAUAAGUAUACUCCAAAUUUCGAACGUUUCCUGGUUCGGCUGCUUCUAAAAUCUAUAGAGAAAAAGUAUUUAGCAAAAGUGCUAAGUUUUACGGUGUUAAAUAUUUUUACUGAUGUUUCAUGAAAAAUGUAAAGCAGUUUUAAAAACCUUGAAAUAAUAUAUGACAAAGGUAACCGGGUACUCGACGUCGUGUUUUUAUAUCUGUGAAAUGUGUAAAUAUUUAUGAUGUUUUUGGCGGACUGGGUCGGUUCUGGGUUCUCUCAUUCAACUGUCCCUCAGGCGAUCGUGGCUCGCGCGAGCCCUCGUGCUGUUUAUACACCUCUGUCAUCCUUUAUUAUAAGGAUGAGAUGUAAUGGAUUUGUCAGCUUUACAGUUGAAACCAUUUAACUUUUAAAACUAGCAGAUUGCUUGGUUUGAUAUGAGAAUUAAUUCUACUGGAAGAGCGUCAAAAAACGCUAAUCCUUUCCGUUUUCUCGCAAAGUUAAUUAUUUGUUUCCUUGUUGCUCAGUUUGUAGCGGCGGAAGAUAAUCGCUCUUAAUCGGAUUUUGUCGGAUCUGGAUUAACCGGAUCUCUGCUCAAGUGAAUAGAUAUGAAACCGAUGACUUUAUUCCCAUGACGAAAAGAAAGCGGUAUAUAAUUUCUGGUUGUUCAGUUCAGUUCUUUUCAUGUUGUGGGUUUUUUAUUGAAUGACUGUUCGGCUUUUUGGAACAAAUCACAUGAAAAAACAAAUUUGCUUUAUAUUUUAUUAAAAUGGGUUUAUAUUACCAAUUUCAAAAGCAGCUUUUGUGUUAUUUUAUUUCCUUUUAUUUAAAUAAGAUUGUGGAUACAGUGUGUUUAUCACUGCCGUUGGAUAGUUGUACAUGUAUAGUAUACAUACAACCAUUGAAUCUUAUCUGCCCUAUUCGACAUUGGCACAUUUGCUUAUAUUCAACGGUGUUUUUACAUAUAUUAUCCGUGUCAUGUUAAGGCAUUUAUACAAACAAUAAUUUCACAGUUAUAAAUUUAAUAAUUAAGAGAAAUAAAAAUGAAGCAAACUUCCUUAUCAAUAUCACCAAAUAUUUAUGCGAUUAUAUGCAAAUAACAGUUAUUUUUAUUUUUAUUUUUUCUUAAAGGCUUGCGUGUAAUAUUUUAUUUAAUUCGACCGAUGUUAUUUCAUUAGCUGGAAGCUUCUAGUGAAAUAUUUUUAUAGCUAUUCUUUUCUUUUUCUCCAAAAAGGACGGUAUAUAUCGUUGUAAUUUAGUAAUAUUGGUUUGGGAAAAGAUUCCCUGCUUUUACCGUCCUCUUGACGUCUGUGUGCUCAGAAAUGUACCGAACAAUGGACGUUAAGAAAGGGCCAUAGAUUUAUGAGAGGUUUCUAGUGGACACUUGAUAUCCGCUUAGAAAGCAAUAAAAUAUUCUAAUAUGCUCUGGAAGAUCAAUUUGUGGUUU